AUGACUACAAAAGAUAAGCAAUCAGUAAUGGGUGACGAAACGGAAGAAAAUCUCGUUGAAGAUUCUGAUUCCGACGAUGAAACAACUGAAAUGACCACAGAAACAGCAGCAGGAACAGAAAAGCCAGCAGGUGUCAAAACGAUUGGCACUGGCCGCAAAUCUCUCCGAACACCGAAAUGUGCACGAUGUCGAAACCAUGGUGUCGUCUCAUGUCUGAAAGGCCACAAGAAAUAUUGCCGUUGGCGUGAUUGUACAUGUGCAAGUUGUUUACUAGUUGUUGAGCGACAGCGUAUUAUGGCUGCUCAAGUCGCUCUUCGAAGGCAACAGGCAACGAUUAAUACUAAUAAGACGACAACGACGAUGACAAACAGUAAUAAAUACCGAAAUUCAGCUUUAUUCUUGGAACAAAAACGUCUUGCUGUACAAAAAAAUCUAAGACAAUUACAAGAAAGUUCAAUAUCCCGAGAUGUUAUUCGAAGUCUUAAAGCUAAAAGUCAUAAGAAUGAAAACAAUGCACUGAAUCGGUUUUCGACGACUCCUAUUCUCAACGAUCGAUUGCGUAAACGUCGUUGUUUCGCCGAUAAAGAACUGGACAAUAUUCCAGCCGUCGCAACAACGCUCGAAACCAUGGUGACCAACAGUGCGUUUCGUAUGGCGAAUCUAUCUCGUUUUUGUACACGAGAUACAUUAGCACCCUCGUUUCCGACGACUAAAUCAACACAAAAGAAGUGGACUGAUUUCUCUGUAGCGGCCAUCAUUGGUCAAAGUUAA